AGUUGUUUAUUUACAUCCCAUGCGGGAGCAUCUUCAUUCGCUGGUUGUUGUGUGAAUGUAAUUUUGUGUUUAAAAAUGACGAAUAAUAGUACCAAAAAAGCUGUAUCUACGAUGAAUGAGAGGCUGUGGACAUUUGCCCAGCAGCUUCCUUCGGAAAACAAAUUCCAAGCGGUGUUAAAACUGCAACUAAUGAGGAAGUCACUUAAGCACGAAAGAAUCCAGAAGAGCGAGCACGAAAAAAUGUGCAGAAAGUGUCAUAUAUCGUGGUCGGCCGGGUACUUUUCCGUAGAAAUUAUACCAGGAUGCAAACGAAACCGAAGACAAAUUGACCAGCUUCAAAGCAAAGGCGAGCUAACUAAACAACAGCAAUCUCUGUUAGAAUACCUCAAGACGCGUGUGGGGCGGACCGCGAAAUACACGUGCGGAAUAUGUUCCUACAAAACGCGGGUCCAAUUGGAUUCGAACGUUAAGCUGCCUGAAUGUAAGGCUGCGAUAACUGUAUCGAAAGACGAGCAAAGAGAAAAAGCUUACCAGCAGUGGCUAGAGGAGACACAGAGGAAACGAAAACGUCACGGAAAAUCCACUGCUGGGUUGAAAAUACCAUCCAAGCUGACCCAAAAAGCUCCAAAUACUCCAAGUGCCACAAGUACCCUAAAUGCCACCGGAAGCAAACAAGCAAACCCCGUUUCUCAACCUGCUGCUAAGAAGGGCUCCACACCAUUCAAACCGACUGAUUUUCGGUUAAUACAAAAAUUGCUACAAUCUUCUAUGGCUUCUAAAGCAAAGAACAUGCAACCGCCGAAGGCAAAGCAAGCGAAUAGCUCUGUGAGAUUUGGUAGGAACUAGAGCAGAAGAAAUAAAAGGCCACCCCGAAGUGUGUUCUAAGGUAAA